AUGCCGCCAAGACAUCUUUGGCACUCAAGUGUAGUGCUGAUUGCAGCAGCUCUAGCUGCUACCUCUUCAGGUGUCGACUUUACAGGUUCGAGCGAUAUCGUGCAGACCCCAGGCACGGUAGCUCCUGGGGGCGAGAUGAGCGAUACAGACGGUGCUUUUGGAGCAACUGGUGAUGGAAACCUCGAGUCACCUGAGCAGCGGGCACCACCUUCGUCGGACCAGCAGCCCCAGCCGACCGAUUUGCUGUCAACGGUGAUCCAGGCAGGUAAUCACAGAGGUGACGACAGCAACAAUCCAGGGUGGGUGCAGCCGAAUUCACACGAUCGUAGUCAAGGGUGGAUCUCGGGUGGGAGCUUUGAUCACCAAGGCUGGAUACCCCCGAGUGACCAAGGGGGUGGAAAUGGAGACCAAACGGGUAGGACGUUCCCGACGGGGUUGAACGCUGGAACGUCUCCAGGCGGUGAGCCGAUCGGACACGAGAACGAGACGAAGGGCUCGGAAGACAAGGAUUCCAAAAGCACAGAUGAAGAAACGGAUGCGGAUGACGACUCCAGUCUCGAAUACAGUGGAUUCGAUGCAGGUGUCAACCCGGACGAUGACUUCAGUCUUGAAUGCAGUGGCUCUGAUGAAGACGUCAGCCAGGAGAGUGACUUCAGUCUCGAGUGCAGUGACUCCGAUGAUGAAGAAGCUCAAGAUUCGUCGACACCUUCGAACGAAACUGCACCAGCACCCUCGUUAACUUCGUCGUCAACAGGAGAUUCACCAGCCACGUCUACCCGAACGAACGAAGAGAGCAACGGAGCUGAAGUCCCUUCGAAAUCUGCCAAGUCAACACCCUCUUCGUCCUCUGAUUCUGUGUCAUCGGUAACACAGGAAGAUUCAGGGAAGACGCCUGCGUCUCCUAGCAAAGGUGAGCACGCUUCUUUCGGAACGGUGACUUCCAAGCCUGGGGAAUGUGUCAUUGGCGAUCCGGACGAAUACGUGACAGCCAAAGAUGUUGACUGGGUCUUUGAGAACCGCAUGGGUGUCAACCAAACGGGCAACAAGAACUGGAUCUUUGACCACAUCGUCAAGAACAAGGGCUCACUUAACUACUGCGUCCGCUGGGAUAGUAAGCAACAACUUUCCAAGACCAUGGCAGCAAAGUUCAAGCCCAUGCUACAGCGUCAGUAUGCAGCUUGGAACCGUUGGCUUGUAGGCUAUGGCUGCUGGCCGUACGACGAGAUCGAGAUCAAUUUUGUCGGGUUUGCUGUCUCGGACAUGUCAUUGCUGGACUGGAAGGACGAUUCACUCGGACUGAUUUACGAAGGUGAUUUGGAUGCUGAAGGAGUUCCCCAGUGUCCCCAAACCUGCUACCGGUUCUUGGACAAUGCGCCGAACACUUGGACGGACACGAGCGAAUGCAAAGGUGAACCGUUCGACUUGACCUUGUGGCCGAAAGAUGGUCUAGAAGGUGGCUUAGGCUACGAUUGGGGCCAAGAAGUCAAUCUGGAGAACAUGCUGCAGAGCAUCGACAUGGAACAGCUCACGAUUGUUGCUCACGAAAUUGGUCACGGCUACGGUCUACCCGACUUCUAUGAGGAAUCGGAUAAACCGAAUCUUGACUGGCCCGUAUGUAUCAUGAUGGCUGGGAGCUCGAUGACCAUCACGGACGGCGACGGUUGGAUGUUGCGUCGAGCUUACGAGAGCAUCAGGUCGCGCUACGAUUUCAAGUAG